AUGCAAGUGAAACAUCGGUCAAAGAGGCCUCUUACAACCAGCCCAGUGCCGGAAAGGGGCAGGGCGCUGGGGAGGCGUGGGUUCGAGCGGUCCGGGCUGCCCCGCUACAUAGGGACUUCUUUAGCCUCCACCCCUCAGACACUCAGAGCCAGCCUGCCCCUGGGCUCUUUCGCUUACUGCCCCCCCCCCCCCCCCUCCCUGCUCUCCUACCGCUUCCCUAUGGAGCAGGGAGGCAAGAUCUACUAUGAUGGCAUGGGACAGGAGCUGGCGGACAUUCAAGGCGCCCUGCACCUGACGAUCACGCACCCUGAGUUUUACUCAUACGUAGACGAGGGCCUGACUGCUGGGAAUAUGCGCAGCGAGAUCCUAUUCAGGGCGCCGCUGCCCUCCUUCCUGUCGCUGGUGGACUGCAGAGAGGAGCAGAGGUGUCUGUUCCAGAACUUUGUUAUCUCCUAUGCAGACAUGCUGGCCCAGCAGUCCACCAGUAAAGUGAAGGUGUUGUACGGAGGCACUGAGCUGUUUAAUUACGAGGUCAGACGCACCUUCCACAAUGACAUGCUGCUGUCCUUCAUCAGCGGUGCCUGCAUCAUGCUGCUUGUCUGCAUCCUCACAUCCUUCUCAGACAGAAUGAUCCACACCGUCGGCAAAGCCACCUUCUUCACCUCCUUCACCACAGCAGCAAAGUACGCAGCCAACACCUUCUCACAGCUGCCCUGCCCAGUGCGUGAGGAAGAAGCUGUGCCUGUCCCAGGUUCAGGUGUUGCAGAGGAUAUUCUGCUUCACUCCGUGGUUUUGGAAAAUGUCCCAUCCCAGUUGGAGCAGCACAGUCUAGGUUUCAUCAGCUCCCACAUACUGGGGGCGCUGCAGCGCUGGGUGGCUCUUCCUGUCAUUGUGGGUUUGUGUGUGAGAGACUCCCUCUCUCUUUGUCUCUCCCCAGGGCUGUUCCAGCAGAAGCCCCACCCCCUUCAUGACAACAUCCGCACCUGUCCCUCGGACAAGAAGAGGAACCAGAGCAGGCCUGUCCCUCCUGGGGUCAGCGUUCUGGAGGACUGA